UGAACUUUCCCCGUCUUCUCUUCCAGCUGGCUCAGUUCCUCCUCUGGCCCCUGGCUUUAUAAGCACCUCGGUUCUGCUGUCACCUUCAAUAAGGGAGGCUCCUACAGAGAGAGCCUGACCAACCUCUGCCCAGGACGCUGCUGAAAACUGGAUGAUGGCCAGGCCGUCCUGUGUGGUGUUGGCCCUGUUGCUGCUGGCGGAGGUCUCUGGGUCUGCGGAAGGGGCGUCUAAUCCUGGGUUCGUGGCCAGAAUCACCAGAAAAGGCCUGGAAUACGCCCACCGCUAUGGAAUAGCCACCCUGAAGAAGGAGCUGUCCACGGUCAAGUGGCCUGAUUUCUCAGGAAGCUUCAAAGUCGGUUGGAUUAAAAGCGUGAGCUAUGAGUUUUACAGACUGAAGAUCCAUCGCUUCGAGCUCAGGAACUCGGAUUUGAGACUACGCCCAACGCAGGGGAUCACAGCCUCCUUGACCAAUAACUACAUGUCUGUCAGCGGGAACUGGAAGGUGAAAAAGGCUUUCAUCACCCUCGAUGGUACUUUCGACGUGCGUGUGGAUGGCAUUUCCAUCUCGGUUUCCCUGAACUUGGGCAAGGACCAGUCUGGACGACCCACUGCCUCUGUGGCCCACUGCAGCAACUCCAUUGGCCACGUCAGCGUCGACAUUUCUGGAUCUCUAAGCUGGAUCCUGAACCUCUUCCAUAAAAGAAUUGAAAACAAUUUCAAAAACAUCUUGGAACAAAAGAUCUGCGAAAUGGUCCGGAAGUCAACAGCCUCUCACCUGGAGCCCUAUCUCCGGACGCUGCCAGUCAUCGCCAUGAUUGACCAGGUUGCCGGCAUUGACUACAGCUUAGUAGGAGCUCCCCAAGUGACUUCUCAAGUCAUAGACACACCCUUCAAGGGUGAAUUCUUUGGCCGAAACUGGCGCUCCCCAGCCCCCUUCGAUGCUCCUCCCAUCAGGCUGCCUGAGAAGCAGGACCACCCGGUCUACUUUGCUGUCUCCGAGUAUGUCUUCAACACAGCCAGCCGGGUUUACCACCAGGCUGGGCGCAUGAAUUUCACCAUCCAAAACCAGCACAUUCCCCAGGACUCUCCAAUCCGCCUGCACACCAACUCAUUCCGGGCCAUUAUUCCUCAGCUGGCCAGGUUGUACCCCAAUACGGAGCUAGAGCUUGAGACGUCUCCCGAAUCGGCCCCGUUCCUGAUGUUCACCCCUGGAAAUGUGACCCUCAGUCCAGUGAUAGACAUCCAGGCCUUCGCUCUCCUGCCCACCUCCUCUGAGCGCAAGCUACUCUUCGAACUCAGGGUGACAACCAACAUCUCCGCCACCAUCAAUGUGAGCUCCGGCAGGAUCGUUGGUUCGGUGACCACGGGCAGUAAGCUGAAAUUGGAACUGAAACACUCCAACAUCCGUUACUUCAACGUGGAUCUGAUGGAAGCCAUCCUCAAUUACUACGCGCUGCACACCCUGUACCCCUCUCUCAACGCGCUUGGCCCAGUAGCUGCCGGAGAACCAGCAGGCCUCCUUCUACGCCACGGCCUUCUCCAGCUGGCCUCACCACCUGCCUUUUACCACCACGAGCAAAGCUUGAGGAGGGCUUCCCUCUGCCUCUGCCAAGGGACACCUACCUCAACAGUUUGGAGCUCCACGUCCACAAGAACUUCUUGCUCUUGGGGGCCAACCUUGAAGAGGCCGAACACUGAAGAGGAGUAGCCAUGGCCAGAGGAGGGGACGACAUCACAGCUGGGGCUGCCCCUGCCCCCGUGGGGGUCCGGAGGCUGCAGCCGCACUGCUUCCACUCCCGUGAGGGCCCCCUCCACAUGGACACUAGUCACCGGGGAGCCUGUGGCACCUGAACACACGCCUGAACAGGUGACCCCUUCCCCCCCCUUUCUCCUCCUCCUCCUUCCCGUGUCCCUUCGUGGUUUCUUUACGGCUGUCCUUAGCCUUACUCUGGGCGGCUCGCCCCUGGCUACCUACCUGCCGGCCACUGGAAUAAACUUCAGUAAAGGGGGAAAGCACGAGCAAUGUCUAGUCGCCACACAGCUCAAAGCACCUCGCUCACCACGAAACAUGAACUUAGUCCCCUGUGUCCUUUGGUGUCGUGGUUACAGGAGCAAGAGUCAGACAGAGGGGGCUCAGCGCUUCCUUGAUGUGUGGUAUUUAUCGAAAUGGGAACGGGGCGCCUGGGUGGCUCCCCAGUCGGUCGAGCGUCCGACUUCGGCUCGGGUCAUAUCUCUCGGUUCAUGGGUUCCAGGCCCGCAUCAGGCUCUGUGCUGACCGCUUGCUCAGAGCCUGGAGCCUGC